ACAUCUAAUUCACACACCAACCCUUUCCCCCUCGCCUCCCCCUAUUACCAACUUUACACAUCUCUAUGUCUCUGUAAUGGUUCAAUAACGAUGAUAACCCCCCACGAGAGUUACGUGCACUCAUCACUACUAUAAACACACUUCUUAACACCCUUUUUUCUUGUUAACCGAUUUUUUAUUUUUUAUUUUUUUAUUUUCUUCUGCAUGGAUGGAUCACAAGGUGAUGGUACAUCUGAUAAUCGUCGCAAGGGCUCAGGAAAGCGCUCGGCGGGGCAAGCCGAGACAGCAGCAGGGGCUCUGGCGCUUAAUGCACCUUGUGGUGCAUGCAAAUUCUUGAGGAGGAAGUGUAUUAGUGGAUGCAUAUUUGCUCCUCAUUUUGGCUCCGAUCAAGGUGCCGCUCGGUUUGCUGCGGUGCAUAAGGUGUUUGGGGCUAGCAAUGUGUCUAAGCUCCUGUCGCAUAUUCCAGCCAACCGGAGACAUGAUGCAGUCGUGACAAUAUCGUAUGAGGCUCAGGCCAGACUUUCGGAUCCGGUUUAUGGUUGUGUGUCAACAAUUAUUGCCUUGCAGCAGCAGGUGACAUCUCUUCAAGAGGAGCUUUCAGUGGUGCAAACUCAGUUGAUGAACAGUAGAUUUGCAAUGGUAAAUGCCCUUCAGAAUUCAUCAUCACAGCAACAACAGCAGCAACAUGUUGCAGUGUUACAGCCGGCCUAUUCAAACACUUCUUCAGCUUCAAACAAUAAUCUUAUUAGCAUCAACAAUUUCAGCAGCGCUUCUAACUUCGAACAAACUGCUGCUCCCUCCAACAAUUUUGAGCCUGUUCGACUAUGCCAAUCUGGACAAGAUGACGGGGAUGAGGAAGAAGAAGAGGAGAGUCGUGAUCGAUUAGCAUUCACUAAUCAGAUAUUUCACUGAGAGAUGUGUAAUUAUUUCUAAUGAAUAAUAUUUAUAUGGUUGCCUUGUGAUUAGAAGUAAUAA